GCACACCCCUCACCGCAUAGCUGCACCUGUUCUUGAGAGGGCACAGAACAGUAACAAAAAUCAAUGUCUUUGGCUUGUAAGCCGCGUAUACUUUACGAGGGUUGGGACUCAGUAGUAGCACGAUUUACAUUUUAUUAUUUCCUACGACUGGUCCUUGAUAUCAGCUCAGCUGAAACCUAUUGUGGGUGCGGGUUGGAUUGCCGGAUUACUUAAAUCAACACCAUCAUGGCGCUUCAUGUGAUCCGUAGUGCUGUACUUCAGCUGAUGUCCGAGCAUCGGUGUGGCUGGCUGAUAAUAUUAGUUCUCUCCAUGCCCCGUAAAGUGAGGUAUCAACCUUUACACAUAAUCAGUUGUGCCACCGUAGUAUGGUCCCUCGGAUUCGUGGAUAUUGUACUAGACAUUGGACGGAUGCAUUACCUUCAUAGAUCUCUGCUGCUGCCUGGAAUACUAGCCAUGCAACGGUACUUCUGCGACUCCAUCUCUCUUUGGGAUGGAUCGACAAGUCUUUCCCCUGUGUGCCGACUGCAUCUUCGAAAAAUUUUAGUCCAUCCGAGAAGUCGAUCCGCUACAUGGCAUUACUGCAUAUAUACUCCAUACCCCAAUUUCAACCCGAGCUGCAAGAGGCCCGAGCUCACUGAGACCGUCGACGCCCUGAUAUCUUCAGGGUUGAGGAACUGGUUAGAAGAGGCAACCAACCUCGGAUUAUCAAUAUUGUGGGCAGACGAGAUAUAGAUAUUCCUGGAAUCUCCGGCGAAAAGGUUUUCAUAGGGGACAAUAUCGGAAUUUCGGAUCCGGGCGCUAGGAGUCAUGAGAUCAUAUUGAAAGUCAUGACAGGCUCCGAGGUUAUCGACUCUUUCCCAGCAAGCGCAAGCAUUUCUGGGACAUACCCUGCCUUGUCAGUUACUUCAGGCGCUGAGUAUAGUUGCCAGAGCGCAGUGAAGCGUGACAAUAUCUAUGCUUUCAUCUUGAACAAUACAGAGCGAUACACGGUGUACCUC